CGCAGAUGAUUUCCGGUUUACUGGAAAGUGACACACAUCUUAUUUUGAUUUGAUCAAAACGACAUAGAUUUAUGCUGUGCAAUUCUAGUGAAAUGACAAACAAUAGAUUGAAUUAAGAGAAAAUUGGAGUAUUCUCGAUUUAAGUUUUGUUAUCGACAUUUUACUGGAAAAAUAUCCAUGCAUGCUAAUUGCGUGAGGAAUUAUGCCGAAGACCACGUGAACCGGAGACAAGCGGCCGGAAAGUCUAAUAUUAGCGGCAUUGCUACCAUAGUUCUUCAGUUACCAGCCGUUAGAUACCUACCCGGAGCCAAACCCGGCACGUUCUUUGCCAGAGACAAUGUUUCAAAUUUUAUUACAUGGUGUAGAAACGGAUUAGGUGUUUUUGAAUGUUUACUAUUUGAAACUGAUGACUUGAUCAUGCGCAAAAACGAAAAACAUGUAAUACUCUGUUUGUUAGAGGUGGCCAGGCGAGGUGCUAGAGUUGGUGUGCCAGCCCCAAUGUUAGUCCAAAUGGAGAGACAAAUAGACCGGGAGAUUGCAGCUGAUAAGAAAUAUGCUCAAUUUUCACAGGGUACUGAUUUUAAUGACGGAGAUGAUACAGAUUUAAGCGACGGAGAAGACCUAACUGAAUAUGGUCCAUUACCUCAAAUUGUCACAAAUGAUCUAAAGAGCUUAGAUGAAAUGGUACGAGAUUUGGUGGAAAGGUGCAAGUGCCCAACUCAAUUCCCAAUGAUUAGGGUGUCCGAGGGAAAAUACCGGAUCGGUGACACUAAAGUUUUGAUAUUCGUCAGGAUCCUCAGAAGCCACGUUAUGGUCAGAGUGGGUGGCGGAUGGGACACGCUGUCUCAUUACUUGGAUAAACACGAUCCAUGCCGAUGCAAAACUGCACAUCGAGCACCUGUAUCCGCAAAACUGACUGGAAUCAAAAGCGGCGGGCCCACGUUGGAAUUGUCGCAUGCUCAAGUCCACUACGACAGAUCACCGCCACGAACACGUAGGUCGUCAACGUCAAGCACCGGCAGCAGCGGAAAUGGUCACCCUGGCGGUCUAAGUUUGACUACUGGAGGUUUGAAUACGGCCAAACGUGCUAGUCGCCACCGAAGCAGAUCGCCAUCUCCACGCGUUACCACUAGAUUGAGCGCACCUUUAGAAACGGGCAGGCGAAGCAGAAGUCCAACCCCACGAAACAUCGAACGUUUAACUGUUCAACCGCAGAAUGGUAAUAGAUCAAGGUCUAUAACGCCCAGCCGUCAAAAAUUCUAUAGAGCAGUAUCGCCAACUGACCAUUUACUAGUGCCCAGUGCCUCUGAAGUUAACAGAAGUCGUUCAUCAUCUUUCAGCCGAAGGGGCGUGGACGACACGCCAACGGCAAAAAUAUCAGACAAUUUUACAUCAGAAUUGUCAAAAGAAUUUCAAGACCGUUUGUCGUCAAGAGAACCUAUCGUCGAGUUAUUCGAACCCAAGAAAAAAUACUCCUUGGACGCUGUAGACGAUGGAAAAACCAUUGAUACAACGUCCACGUGCAGGGUUUCGGAUAAUUUCAGAGGGACCGAACACUAUCAUGUUCUUAAUCCAACACCUGUAACGGCCAUGGAAAGAAGACAUUCGACAGUUAAAGAAGAAGAGUGCACUAUAGACACCACACCAGUAUAUCGAGUGUCAGACAGUUUAAGAGUUCGAAAGAAAUCGCAUUCGAGUACUAAAGAUGCUAAGAAAUCCGAACUAGUAGGUACCGACAGUGGUUCUGAAGUAUCAGACGAAGGUUACCGAAGUUUGGGAGUUGUAACCACCCCACCCGCUAAUCAAAAUUCAAAUGUUGCGCCAAAAUUUAACGACCGUGAAAUUACGUUGGCGGUGUGCAGUUUUUGAUUUUGUGUCUUGACCAACCUUCUGUCCUAGUGAAUUAAACUCAAACGCCUUCUCACGAGCACUAGCAGUGUCGAAAUCUUAGUGGCACAACGUGUUUUUAGUUGUUCGGCUUAUACAUCACCUCAACGAGCUCCAUAGGAUAGUGUUGUUUAUCUCGAGUUCUAUAUUUUUCUAUUACGACGCACAAACGGACCAUGAGAGUUAUGACGCCCACACUAGACACGACGAACCAAAACCUGCACGUAUGAGUGCUUUACAAGUGUUUCCCGGUGAUUUGGGUCUCAUUUUUAUUUUAUUUUUUAACAACUCUGCAACUGUCGACAGAGUAGUAUGCCCACACUAAGUUUCAAUUGGAUCGAACAAUUCGACAUCGCGAGCAGGUGAUCGUAAACGCAGAGGACUCCAUGCAAAUUAUUUCCAGACCGAACUACCCGAAAAGAGGUUUUAAAUAGCAACUGAUGGUUUUUUUACUCGACACAAACUCUCCGCUUUAGUAGCAUUUAGGCUUUGAGCGUUGACGUUUUUCGUAAAUUUAUAAUCCAGUAUUUAUUAUUAUUAUUAUUUUCAAAUAAAAUAAUUUUUUAACGUAGCCCUCAGCUAUGUUGUUUGAUUUUUUACUAUGCAUAUUUCUUUAAAAAUCCGAUUUUAUUAUUUGUUACGUACAACUUUAUUGAUCAAGUUGUAAAGUCGAAAUCAAGUUAUGCGUUUUCGCCUCGUCGGUCAAAUUUAUGUCAUAUUAGUUAUUUCUCGCAGUACAAAAUUUAUUCAGCUCCUACUUUUGACGUUCCCCAUAAAUUAUGUAUUUAUAAUGAAUAUCGUAUAGCGGCCGUAUAAUUUAUCAUAGAUCGUGUCCAAUACAUUGCACUUACUUAUUUACAUAUAUAUUGUUGAGAAAUUCAAGCCCCGUGCCUAAACAAUACUGUGAAUUUCGCACAAUCCACCAACCGUAAUGGUAAUUUAUUAAUUUUACAUGCAUUCUAUGCACUUGUGGUGUAAAGUUAUCGAACACGGUCCUGCGUAAGAGCUUUCCAAUAACCUUUAAUGAUUUUUAUGAUUCAUAGGUGAAACUUGUGGCGUGAUAGUUAUUUUGCAACACUUUUAAUAAAAAUAAUAUUGGAAGGAAAACUUGAAAUGUGAGACUAAUUUUUUUUAUCGUUACCCACUGCGUUUGACAUGUCUGGCAAUUCACUGUAACGUGCUUUUAUUAAUACCCGACGUUUAUUAGUCCAUUAAUCGUAAGUGUCUUUAUCGUACAGACUUAAACGUUUAAUAUGACUAUCACAAUUAUAAAAACCAACACAUUAAAUCAUUGUUAAGUAGAAACUGUGCAGUAUUUACAACUUAUCUUUUAAAACAAUAGUAUUUCAUAAAAAUAAAAGAGAGAGAGAAACAGUAAAAAUUAAAUUAUUUAUCGAGUGAGAGAACAUGAUGAGUAUUUUUCAAAACAAGUCAUUGGAUUAAUUAAAAAGGACAGAAUAAAUUAGGGAGACAUUCCAAAGUGUGCCAUUGCCGGUUUUCAAAUUUUUAAAUAAACAAUUUUUUCCCAGAAAAUGUAUACUUAAAUUAAAUUUAUAUUAAAAAAUUUACAUUAUAUGCAAAUUUCAUGUUAAAUUUAAAUUUAUAUUACGUAAUAUAAUAUUCAUUGAUUAUAAAACGAAACCAACAGAAGACUCUCUUUAUAAGUUUCGUGGGGUAAACCAUUUACUGUUAAUAAAGCUGAGAGAAUAGGUUUCACACUUGAAAUACAUUUUUUCUUGUUUAUAAAUAUGAAAAUAUAGAAACGAUACACAUAGGGGAAA